AUGAAAGAGAACAAGGCCGCCGAAAAUGCUCUCGGCACCAUAGGAGCCGUAUUCUGGAUGGUGCAGAUUGCACCCCAGAUCGUCAAGUCGCACAGGGAAAAGACGACGAAGGGACUCUCGGCAUCCUUGAUGUUUAUCUGGGGACUGGCUUCCCUAUUCCUGGGCUCCUACAAUGUAGUGCAGGAACUCUCUAUCCCAUUACAAGUUCAACCACAAGCCUUUGGUGUCCUAGCCGCCAUCUCAUGGUGCCAAUGUCUGCACUAUGAGCGCGGCUACUCCAAGAAGAGUGUCUGGGCCAUCUUCAUUGUAUUUUGCUGCAUCUUUGCCGGAUUCGAGGCUGGUAGCGUCUUUGCUCUGCGAGCAGGAUUGCGUAACGGCACAGAGUGGCCCAUCACGAUGUAUGGCUACAUCACUGCCGUUCUCCUCGCUGUAGCGUUGCUGCCACAGUACUGGGAGAUCUAUAGGUUCCGAGAGGUUAUCGGCAUAUCGCUCAUGUUUAUGGCUGUCGAUAUCCUCGGAGGCAUCUUCUCGUUUGCUAGUUUGUUCUUCCGUACAGAUCUGGAUGUGGCCGCUUUUGUGUCAUAUGUCCUAGUGGUCAUCCUGGACGGUAUCGUCGUCCUCCUCUAUUUCAUCCUCAACCCCAUUGCUCGACGUCGGCGCCGAGCGGAAGGAACCGAGGGUGAAAGAGUUGGGGACCCCGAGGCUGGAUGGGGAUCAACCUCUGCCAAUUCGACGGAACCAACUCUGGUCGGCCAUGGAAUGGUGGUAGACACAGACGUCGAGAAGGAGCAGGAGGGCCAGCCGCGAGAGCCACCAAGGGAAUAA